GGCGGCGGUGCGGCCCGAGCGCAGCGCGGCGGGGCGGCGGUUGAGGAGGGGCGCGCUCAGAUUCCUCACAAAGCAGCAACUAGAAAUAAUCCUUUAGGAAAGUGCUGUGCUUUUCAACAUUUGGAUUUUAAUUAGCUGGAAGACAAGAUGCCUAUUUACACAGUCCCCGCCAGGAGCCCUGCUGGGCCACGAUGCACAGCCACCCUGCAGAAGCCCUCCUCACACAAUACCCUGGCCAGCAGUAAAGCAUCUGGGCAGCAGCUGAGGUCACAGGUAUUGGGAGACAAGGAUGGUCUGCCUUCGUGUCCUCAGAGUAAGACUGAGGAAGCAAAUAGGACCUAUUUGAUUUCAGCUUGUGCAAAAGUGAGUGAUGUGUCAACUUCUUUUAAACUGGAAGGCAGAUUAACACUCCAGAGGAGAACCGGAGCAAGCAAAAAAUCAGCGUCUGGUAGUGACACAGCACAGAGUACAGAAGAUCUACAAACAGAGAAAAGACUUACCCUGCAGAGGCGUGUGAGGACUGGCUCCACAGAAAGGAGUAAAAUUAAUCAGGAUAUUGUGUCUAGAAAAGGAAAUGGCGACUUUGAUGCACAAGGAAAUGACAAGAUUGCACUUCCACAGAAUAUGAAGGGUACAGAUGGUGUUAAACCAAACUUGAAGUUAAUGGAGAGUCAGUCAAGUACCAAGUUGCAGCACAACCUGAACAGCAAAGAUUCCUUUGGUUUAGUUGGUGGUGUCUGUGAAAAUGCUAUCAACACGUGUUUAAGAGAUAAGACAAGCACUGCUGACAUAAAGCUUCAAAAUGAAGUUCCUAAAUCAGAACGGUUCGUUACCUCAAAAUGUGCUAAUAGGCUGUCAGGAGAACAACUGAAUGAAAAAGGCAAUAUAAAUAAGCUAGCUGGAAAGCAAAGGGUACAGCACUUGAUAAAACACAGCAGCUUGGACAGACCAAGGACACCAGCAAAAGUUUCAACAGAAAGACUUGCACUUACACCAAAGAACAGCACUUCUCGAGACCAACCGUCUCUCAAGCCAGCCUCAAGUGAACAAACACCUCAUCUGCAAAUUUUAGCCAAGAAGCUCCCUAGUGUCUCCAGCUCUCUUCCUGUGAGCACAAGUUCAGAAACAAAAGUGGACACAGAAACUUUAGCUGAGAGCAGCAGUGCUGGGAAAGAUGUUUUCAAAGUGAAAAACAGCAAAGUGACGGUAGCUGUGCGGGUGCGGCCCUUCAGUAACAGAGAGAAAACUGAAAACUCAUUCCCUGUGGUCUCUAUGUGUGGUUCAGAGACAAUUGUACAAAAUCCAUCCACAAACCAAGUUUACAGUUUCAGUUAUGACUUCUCCUUCUGGUCUUUUGACAAGAGUCAUCCUAAUUUUGCAAGCCAAGCAAUCAUUUAUAAAACUUUGGCACUGCCACUCCUUGAAAGAGCUUUUGAGGGAUACAACGCUUGUCUUUUUGCUUAUGGGCAGACUGGCUCUGGAAAAUCUUACACGAUGAUGGGAUUUGAUGAAGACCGAGGAAUAAUUCCAAGACUUUGUGAAGAUCUUUUCAAUCAAAUAGCACAAAUGGACAAGGAACAGGUUUUGUAUCAUCUUGAAAUGAGCUUCUUUGAAGUAUACAAUGAGAAAAUUCAUGAUUUGCUUGUCUUUAAAGCUGAAAAUGGACAGAAGAAACAACAACUUCGUGUCAGAGAACAUCCAGUGUUAGGACCAUAUGUGGAAGGCCUGACAGUAAACGUUGUCCGUUCUUACUCUGAUAUUCAGAGUUGGCUUGAACUAGGAAAUAAGCAGAGAGCAACAGCUGCUACAGUAAUGAAUGACAAGAGCUCUAGAUCUCAUUCUGUCUUCACCCUUGUCAUGACACAAACCAAGGUAGAAUUUGUGAAUGAAGAACAGUGUGAUCGUAGGCUCACCAGUCACAUAAAUCUAAUUGAUCUAGCUGGCAGUGAGUGCUGUACAAAGGCUCAGACCACUGGAGAAAGGCUGAAGGAAGGUGUGAGUAUCAAUAAAUCACUGUUGACCCUUGGAAGGGUUAUUUCUGCAUUGUCUAAACAGUCUCAAAAUGGAAAGAAAACUUUCAUUCCUUACCGGGAAUCUGUCCUUACUUGGCUGCUAAAGGAAAGCCUUGGUGGCAAUUCCCAAACGACCAUGAUAGCCACAGUGAGCCCAGCUGCCAGCAGCACGGAGGAGACACUCAGCACCCUUCGCUAUGCCAAACAGGCUUGUUCAAUUAUCAACAUUGCUAAAGUAAAUGAAGAUGUGAAUGUCAAACUAAUCAGAGAAUUAAAAGCUGAAAUUGAAAAACUGAGGGCAGCUCAGAAAAGUGCUCUGAACACUGAUCGUGAAAAAUACAGGCGUUAUUUGCAGGAAAUAACAUCUCUGAGGGUAGAAUUGCACCAGCAGGAGAGAAACAUGGCAGAAAUGCAAAGGGCCUGGAAAGAAAAACUUGAACAAGCAGAAAAAAGGAAAUUGGAGGAUAUAAAAGAAUUGCAGAAAGCUGGAAUUGCAUUCAAAAUGGACAAUCAUUUACCAAACCUUGUCAAUCUCAAUGAAGAUCCUCAGCUUUCUGAGGUGCUGUUAUAUAUGAUCAAAGAAGGAGAAACUACAGUUGGAAGGUGUACACCAAAUUCAAAACAUGAUAUCCAGCUCUCUGGAGUGCUGAUUGCUGAUGACCAUUGUGUUAUUAAAAAUACUGUUGGCAAAGUAAGUAUUAUUCCACUUAGAGAAGCCAAGACGUACGUAAAUGGGAAAUGCAUUUUGGACCCAACAAUUCUGCAUCACGGUGAUCGAGUGGUUCUUGGGGGAGACCAUUAUUUCAGGUUUAAUCAUCCAGCAGAGGUUCAGAAAGUUAAAACACCUUCUUGUGGGUCUUUGCAUGAUGGUCCAAAAGAUUUUGAAUUUGCAAAGAACGAGCUACUUAUUGCACAGCGAACACAGCUUGAAUCAGAAAUUGAAGAGGCACGACUCAAAGCCAAGGAAGAAAUGAUGCAAAGUGUCCAAAUAGCAAAAGAGAUGGUUCAACAAGAACUGACCUCACAAAAAGAAGCAUAUGAGAGCAAAAUAAAAUCCCUGGAAGCAGAGGUGAGAGAAGAAUCUCGUAAGAAGCAAAUCCAAGAACUGAAUAACCAAAAAGCCACAACCAAAAUACAGGAGCUGGAGAAGGCAAAGAAAAGCCUUGAGCUAGAACUCCACUUCAAUAAGAAGCGUUUAGAAAUGGAGACCUUAGCUACCAAGCAGGCUCUAGAAGACCAUACUAUUCGUCAUGCAAAGAUAGUGGAAGCUCUGGAAGCUGAGAAGCAGAAGAUUGCUGAGGAAAUACAUGCCCUUCAGAAGAAUCAUGGAAGUGGGAAUAAACCAGUGAUGAUUCCACUGAACUGGAAGUCUCUGAAGCUGUCUGUGAUGAUUAAAGAGGCUAAUGCCAUUAGCAAUGCAUUAGGGAAAAACACUGUUUUCUGCAGGCAUGACAAAAUUGAUGAUAAAACAGGAACGGUGUCUUCUAUUCAGGUGCAGGUUCGUAACAUCAAACUGGGAAUAACAACUUUUUGGAGCCUAGAGAAAUUUGAAUGCAAACUAGCAGCAAUGAAAGAACUCUAUGAGAGUAAUGAUAGAAAUAAAGCUGUUGUUGAUGUGUUUUAUGAUCCUGCUGAUGAGUGGGAACCUGACCUUUCAGACAGCUCCAAUACCUUGCUUUCCAGAAGAAGAAGUAGAAGCUUCAUGAAGAACAAGAGAAUUUCUGGAUGUUUGUCUGAGAUAAAAUUGCAAUCUAUUCAGAAUAAACAGACUUCCUAUAUGUCAGGUUCACUGAACAAGUCCAGCUCAAGCAUUUCUGAAUUGUUUCUUCCUGGAAUUUGCAAGGAAUCUAUAAGUUCAGCUUUAGAUUUGCUGGAACAGAAUCAUGAAGGAGGAAAAAGCAUAGCAGAUAGUCUCCUUACUAAUUUGUUUAUAGUUUUUUCUGGAGCAUCUGCCAUUUCCAAAGCCUAUGAACAGCAAGAUGAAGAAUGUCAGGAAAACUUUUUCUCUCUUGAUCGUGCUGCUCAGUCCUACAGCAUCAGAAUUGUCUCUGCUUUUGACCAGAUUGUGGUUAUAAGUAAACUCUGGCUUAAUAAUGUCCAAAAGUGUUCUGGAUCUAGAAAAGUUGAUGAAGAAAUGAAACAGGAAAUAAAGAACUUGGGAGGUUAUUUACAGUUGCUGUUGCAGGGGUGUUCUUCAGAUAUAUCCUCGAUGGUAACAGAAGCAUGGAGCAAAGUAAACCAAACAGUAAAACAAACAAUGAAAUACAUAGGACACUUGGCAGCAGUCACAACAACUGAUAUUUCUUUUCCUGAGGAGAGCAACAUUCCUGCCUCUAGUUUACAGGAAUUUGUGCUUGCCAUUUAUGAUGGAGUAGGCUCAGGACUGGAGUGUCUCAUUGAUUCUGUACAGGAGAAAGCAAGAAUAGUACAGAAAGAACUUGUGAAACAAUGUCCACAAAAUGAGAUUCAAAAUCGAAUAAAGGAUAACAUGGUGGCAUUGGCCAGAUUCCUUGAAAAGAACAUGUCUUACUGCAGAAAGAAAGAAACAGAAUCUCAGCUGCCAGAAGAAGAGUCUCUAUAUCGAGAGUUAAGGAAGAGCACUAAGAUUGCAGUGAAGUAUUUGGAAUUGGAGCAGUGCCUGACUGAAGUCUGUCAAAUUGUCUCUUCCAUGUUACAAGGGUUAUACAGAAACACCAGCCCUCUCAGGAGCUUUGCAGAAAAUAUUUCUGUCAUUGCUGGAUAUUUUAACAACUAUUUCAGUUUAUUUGCAUUGUCUUCUGUGAACAACCCUAUCCAGAAAAUGCAUGUACCUUUUAUGAACCUGGAUGAAUUGGACUCUCUGGUUGAUUCCCUUAUUAUGAAUUUUGAACUUGAACAAGGACAGCCAUCACUGCAAUCUCAAAUUAUUUGUAAUGAAACUGCUGAGACUCGAGGAGGACAGGUUGAAACAGGUCAGGUCGAAUUUGCUUGGAAACGGAAUGGGAUUCCAGAAUGCGCACAAACUCAAGAGCUUACACCUGGUAGGAUAGAAUGGGUAUAAAAUGUUAUUAUCAAGAAAUUAAAGAGAACUCUUUCCUAUUGCAACAUAUCAAAAAAAGCUAAAAUUUAUUGCUAAUGUUAUUAGUGAGUGAAUGGUGGGAAAGUAAUAUGUCAUGUUUGUAUAAGUACCCUAUAUUUCACCAAAGAAAAAAAUACAUUCAUAAGAGGCUGUAAAACUUCAAAAUAUAAUUCCUUUUGUUUUAAUAGAAGUUGAUUACUAUCUAAGUUUAUAAAAAAUAAUUUGAUUUUUUUUUCAUUUUUGCUUCAUCUCAGCUGCAGUAUGAUCUAGGAAUGCUACUGCAACUUGUGGUUUUUAUGCCUUUUUUUAAAACAGAGCAAAAACUUUGUAUUUAUUUAUGUAGAGAAAAAACGACGCGAGCUAGUAAAAGUACUUUACAGCCU